GGCUCAACCCUCGACCCGUUCCUAUAUAACCAUGAAGCAGUCUCCCUUCUCUCAGUUAUUUUUAAUCGAGGAACGAUGAUGAAACCUUUGCUCUUUGUCCUGCUGGUCUCGUCCUGUGCGGCUGUUCCCCUUCUGACCGAUGUGGAGCCAUUCAUUACCAACGGGGAGCUGGCCAAGGUGGGUCAGUUGCCCUAUCAGGCGGGCCUAAACAUCUCCUUUGGGAAUUGGAGCACCUGGUGCGGUGGCACCCUAAUCUCACACUACUGGAUAAUCACAGCGGCCCACUGUACGGAUGGGGCUGAAUCCGUGACGGUCUAUUUGGGUGCCAUCAACAUCAACGAUGACCAGGAGGUGGGCCAACAGAGGAUCGUGGUGCAGAAAGCGGGCAUUAUUUUGCACUCCAACUAUACGGCCAGCACGGUGGUCAACGACAUCUCUCUUAUUCGACUGCCCAUCUUUGUCAGCUUCAGCGAUCGCAUUCGGGCGGCCAAUCUUCCGCGUCGUUUGAACGGCGUCUUUCCCACCUACGAAUCCGUUCGGGCCAUUGCCUCCGGCUGGGGAAGGGACAGCGAUGCCUCUGAAACAGUCUCGCCCGUGCUGAGGUACGUGGAGAUGCCCGUCAUGCCGCAGGCACUGUGCCGGAUGUACUGGAGCGGAGCGGUGUCCGAGAACAUGAUCUGCAUGAGCACCACCAAUGGCAAAUCCACCUGCCACGGCGAUUCCGGUGGACCACUGGUCUACAAACAGGGCAACGCCAGCUAUCUGAUAGGGUCCACCUCCUUCGGGACCACCAUGGGCUGCCAAGUGGGAUUUCCUGCCGUCUUCACGCGCAUCAGCAGCUACUUGGAUUGGAUCCUGGAGCACAUAAUCGCCCACACCUGAAGGUUCCUUAAUGUUAGGUUGUCGUUGCAGAACAAAAGUUUCAUUUCUACGAUUUCAAGCUUUAGGAUAAUAAAAUAUACUAAAUGUUUGAAAAAUGUGA